AUGGUUAAUAACACAAACCCUAUAAUAAUAAUGCUGGAAAAUGACAGGCACAACUUCGAUGAUGAUUGUGGUGAUUCUCAACAUGCAUUCAUCAUACCGAUAACAUCUACACCAUCUGAAGAGAAGAAAUAUUUCUCAUUGCAAGUGGGAGAAUCAAAAUGUACCACGGAGGAGAUUCGAUCUUGCGCCCUCGAGAAUGUGAAUCACGAACUCUACCUCUACACCAAAUUGGAUGAUUAA